AAGGCUAAUGUACAGAGACAUCUAUGAUGUGUGAAAUAUGUCUAAUCGGUGCGUAGAAUUACCAAUGUUGCAAGCGUGUAAAUGUACCAGCACCAAAAAAAUUAGCUAAACUCUUACAACUCCGACCCCCAAGUUUUUAACCACUAAGAUUUUAUUCAAAAAUUAUCAGGAUCUUCUGGAACGUCAAAAAACGAACUUUAACCGAUAUUUUCUCUGCCGCCACUGGUCCGAUUUUAAAAAACUACAAAGCUUUUGCUUCCUUGGCAUAGUAGUGACAUUGUAAAAGCUAUAGGCGGUUAUAAAAUUAACGGACAGACAGGCCAACGGAAAUGAGUGACAUGGUUUUUCGUACAUGGGGAAGUAAAAACAGCCACUUUCACAUCAUGUAUUAGGUAAUCCACGAAAUAACAUACCUUAUUUAAAACAAUAAGAAACCAUCCAUUAACAUCUGAAAUGAAUCACAUAUUAGCUCUUCUGAUCAUAAUUCUUUCUGUCUAACUCUAUGAUUUUUUCAGCAACAUGAUAGUCUAAUCGAAGGCUGUAUAAACUUUGAUGAAGCGGCCAACUUCAAAUCGGAUAUGCCAGACUUCCAUUACACAGAUCCGGACUCGUUGGCAUUUCUACCUUAUUCCAGUGGCACAACUGGAUUGCCGAAAGGAGUCCAAUUAAUCCAUAGAAACAUUGUCGCGAAUCUGUGUCAGUCUUCCCAUCCUUCUUCAAACCUCAUAGAAACUGCUACUGAUUCCUAUCAAGAAGUCAUUCCAGUUGUUCUUCCUAUGUUCCACAUAUAUGGUUUUUCGGUAUGCAUGAUGUACACAGGAACCAAGGGGUCAAAACUGAUCACGUUACCCAAAUUUACACCGGAAUUGUAUAUAUCAGUUAUAAAGAAUAAUCCAGUUACUUCGGCAUUUGUAGCACCUCCACUAGUAUUGUUUCUGACCCACCAUUCUGACGUUAAACCGGAAUAUUUUAAACAUCUGCGGAGGGUCGUAUCAGGAGCUGCACCUUUAGGUCAGUUAGACGAAGACAAAUUCAAAGAGAAAUUCGGCAGUCAUAUCCAGGUCAAGCAAGGUUAUGGCUUAACCGAAACCUCUCCAGUAGUGUGCUUCUUCCCGAACGAGAUCAAAACGAAGACCAACAUCGGCGGUUCUGUCGGGAAGCCAAUUCCCGCCACCAUACUGAAAGUGAUAAAUCCGAAUGAUCCUAAAGCUACUCCUUUGGGAGUUAAUGAAACGGGUGAAAUACUGGUGAAAGGUCCACAAGUGAUGAAGGGAUACCACAACAGACCAGAGGAAACAGCAAACGUGUUCUUGGACGGCUGGUUGAGAACAGGAGAUAUCGGAUAUUACAACGAAGAUGGUUUCGUUUUUAUUUCCGAUAGACUGAAGGAACUGAUCAAGGUGAAAGGCUACCAAGUACCUCCCGCAGAACUAGAAGAAAUAAUCCGUGACAUCCCUGAGGUAGAAGAUGCAGCAGUCAUAGGAAUCCCACACCCCACUGACGGGGAGGUACCUCGGGCCUACGUGGUACCCAAGAAGGGCAAAACCGUCGAUCCUGAAGCAGUAAAAAGCUAUGUUGCUGGCAAGGUGGCGAAGUACAAACAACUAAAGGGCGGUGUUUCUGUAGUAGGGGAGAUUCCCAAGAAUCCUACAGGAAAGAUACUUAGACGGAAACUUAAGACUAUUUGGGAGGAUACAGGAUGUUGAUUGCUUCUAAUAGUUUUCCACUGGUAUGCGCUGAUGCAUUUCCGCACUUGUGAUUCUUGCAACGCUGGUAUCGCUGUAGGUACGAUGUCACGAAAAUUAGGAAGAAAAGCAGUACAGUAGUCAAUUCUCUGACAUCUUAUACGAUUAAUGUAUUUGUCCUACUGAUCAUAAAUCUGAUCUCACGCUUUCUGUUACAAUCGAGAUUUUGAGAGAGAAGCACCAUGCAAAAGUUAGAUAAGUAGUCCAAAUUAGUAAACAUUGUGAUGGUAUGACUCAAUGUCUCACCGCCCAUUGCAAUAUUUCUUCGUGCGUGAGAAACACACUUAAUACGAAAUACUUUGCAAUGGAACAGGAUGACAGAGUAAAUUGAGCCCAGCACGACACUGUGAUAAGAAAGGGAGUAAAUAGUGCAAAAAUGCAUACCUGUGGAAAACGUUAUAAAUAACAUUCUCGGUCGGUCUAAAUGGCCCCAUGCAAUGUUACUCCAUUUUAGAUUCCAUCCAUGUGGGCUCCAUUACAAUUUUGAACUGAUUCAAUAUUAAUUUGGUCACCCACUAUGCCCCAAGCGAUUUUGAGGGGAUAUAGAUAUUUUUACGGUUUUUCUUUUUGGCGGGUCACAGUAAAACUACAGGAAUUACUUUCAUCCAUCUCCCUCAAGCAUACCUGUAAUGGGCCUCUAUGCGCGGACGUGAGUUUGUGUAAACUCAGACAUACGGUUUUUUAGUUUUGUCCUACCACCAUGAACAGUUUCUCAUUAACGUUUAUGAACCUUUCACAUUUAUACUUUGGUAUGACAACUUGCUUGACAUGGGCGUUUGAUUUGGGUAUGCCGAAAUGUUGAUCUUCGAUAGAAAAAACUAAAGGUACAAUGUCGACAGUCUGAAUUAGAGGUAUUCGCAGAAAGUAAGUGAAACUAACUGUCCUCUAUGACCCAAUUCAUUUGCGUGUACAGGAGCAAGUAGCAGCUGUAGUGUGGAUCGGCUUGUGCAAUGUGCAAUUUUCCUGAGUGAAGUCAAUCCGUUUAUUUAUUUCAUAUGACAUUGUGACGUAACUGUCAAAAACCAUAACAACUAUACGUUCGUAGAUAGAGUUCUUACUAACAACGAAUUUCUGACAGCCCCAAACCGUCAUUCACACUAUUACCAGAUCAGUUCAACUUGUAACUAGGUAACAUAAUGUCAUCAACUUGUUUGUAUGAUUGUGUCUGACAGUCUGAUAGUCAGAAAUUCCUUGUUGGGAAAAACUGAUAUUUUUUUAAGACUGCUUGAAAUUUGACAUGGAGCGAUCGUGAAUGUGGUUUUGUAAUGGAUUUGAAGGUUAAGGAUCUGGGGCGUGUACUUAGAUGACUCUACCUAUAUGUAUAUAUUAUGAAGUGUGAUGUUUGUUAUAUGGUGAAAUAUUUAUAUUAUAAAUGAUGUUUUUAUUAAUAAACAAUUGUAAGAACCUGAUAACCCUUAUAUAACGCGUUCAAUCGACAGCACAGAGUACUUCUAUAAUCUGUAUCGGAAGUAAGAACUUUUAAUUCAGCCUGGAUAGGGUAGGGUCCCCGAUAGCCCGAAAUAUUCAUUAAAUAUUCAAUAUUUGAUAAUAGUUUUAUCUUACUUAAAUAUUUGUUUUCUUUAAUAAAUAUUUGUAAUAUAAUAUUUUUUUUAAAUAUUUA